AUGAGCCAGUCUAUCAGCCUUGCCGGGGAAUCGGUGAUCACUUCCAUCCUGUCCACAACGGCCCCUCUCUCGACAACCGCGCCGACGACGUCGGUCUCGGUUUGGACCGUGGCGGAUGGCGACACCGGUGAGGAGAUUGCCUCCGAAGUGGGCGUGCCCUUCGUGGUCAUCUCCCAGGCGAAUCCGACAGCGGUCUGGACGGCACUGUCGAUCGGACAAGUGCUCGACAUACCGCCCUCUCCGACAGGGGUUCCCACCGUCACCGGCAGCGUGGCGGGAGGGCUACUCGACCUGGACGCCGGAUCGACCAGUCCUCAAACCACGUAUGUGACUUAUAGUGGAGACGGAUCUUCCCAGGACGGCUGGCCCGCCGUUGAUCGGUGGCUGGCCUUCAGGGCGGCGUUCGAGAACGUGAGACCGCAUUUGGGUCAAGACUGUGUGGGCGGUGUGGCCGGAAACACUGAGGAUGAGACCGACCAGGUAGGCCAGGCCAUCCUGUCGGUCGCACAGGUCGCCCAGGUUGACCCCCGCUUCAUACUCGCUGUCGUCAUGCAGGAGUCGACGGGAUGUGUCCGCGUGCCGACGACGAGCAGUGUCCACCCCAACCCGGGCCUGAUGCAAAGUGACCAAGGGUCAGGGUCGUGCAAUGCCAACGGGACGGUCAGUCAACCAUGCCCUUCGGACCGAAUUCGACAAAUGAUCUAUGACGGCACGGCGGGCCGGGUGGGCUCCGUCAGCCUCGUGAGUACCCUAAAUCAAGCCAGUGGCAUGGGUUCCCAGGAGCUCGCGCAGGUCUACUACCGGUCCGCCCGACUGUACAACUCCGGACCCGCCAGCUUGGACACGACCUUGGCAUUGGAUUCGGGCGGCUCGACGAGUUCAUACGCCAGUGACGUCGCGAAUCGCCUGUUGGGGUGGAUAUCGGGGCACAGAACUUAG